AACCUGGAGAACCGCGCCUGCUAGCUCUGUGCUAUGCUUCUGCUGCUACUGCUGGAUUGAGGAACAUUUUCACGCUUCACAGCUACGGAGUGUGGAGGCAUUCAAAUCAAUCCAUUGCAAACCUUUGGCGAGGCACCUCAUCACUUGUUGCGGUCGGUUAUAAUUCCGUUUACGGAGGGCUACUAAAUUAUUCCAGAACGAAUAGCGCGCGCGAUUUAGUGAGUUUUUUGCGUGUUAGAACCAAAUUUGGGCGCAAGGCUUCCAGUAGUGCACAAGAACAGCAGCGAGGACGCGACCUUGAUUGAAAUGUCGGAUAAACCCAGUGACCAAACGGAUAUGAAAAACUCGGUGGAGAUUCCUCUGGCAGGACAAAGCACCGAAGGAGCAGCCAAAAAGCCACCGUGGCUGGUGCUGAAGAAGUACGUGAACGCGAAAAAUGUUCGAAGAUUGCUCAAAGUGGGACAAGUGCUCAUUGGGUUGCUCAUCCUGGCGUUGAUCCGUCCGAAGAACCGCUGCGGGUUCCUUUACAACCAUCAGGGUCUACCGGAGUACGUGCUGAUCCUGCUCACCUACUUGGCCACUGUGGUGACCCUCGUCCUGCUGGUGGAUUCCUUCGUGAAGGGCCAACCCAUUCGCAGAGUGUUCACCUUGGAGCUCUGGUCCCGUUUGGAGCUCUGGUUCACCGGGUUGGUGGCGUUGGUCCUCCACGUCGUGUCCUACUUCGUGCUGGCACUGAAUCUCAACUGCACCUACCCUUCCUCGAUGAACAUCACCGGAAUCAGCUUCGGGCUGAUCGUUUCCGGUCUGUACCUGGCGGAUUGGUGGCGCAUCUUCAGCGACCGCAAACAACCCAAGAAGGACGAAAGCUUUGAGGAGAUCAACAUUACUAGUUAAGAAGUGACAGUCAAGAGAACAGAUUUCUUCCUCCGGGAACAUUUCAGCCAAGAAAGUUACCCGGGGCUCACAUUAACAAUGCAUACCAUUUAAAACUUCCUACUCUACACGUGACCAAAUACCAAAGCAUAACUCUCCAAAAAAAACAACAAAGUAGCUAAAUUAGUUAAGUCUAAAUUGCACACGAUCCCGUGUGCGCCAUAUUAAUGUGUGAUGAUUGUAUAGGAAUUGUCGUGUUUCAUCUUUUGGACGGACUGAUUCCUCCUCAACCGUGUAAUAAGUUUGCAGUUCACAUUAUCAUACCCAAAGGGGCAACUAUUUUAACCCCGGCUGAACGAAUACAAGAUAUCUCCAUCACAUCUUGUACGUACAGAACAUUUGCAAAAAAAAAACCGGGGGCAUUAUAGUUAGAACAGUACAAGUCGUAUUUAUAACAACUAUGUCUUCACAUCUAUAGAUAGUUUGAAUUAUUUUUAUUUAGGCUAUAAGAACGGCUUUUGGAAUGCAAAUAUUUUUAUUUAUCUAUGCAUGUGCCAUAUCAGAUAUCAAUAAACUCGUGGAUGAAUGUACCGAUCGA